CUCCCUGAUGAACUGCGACCUGGGAGAGGCUGUGCUGGCUCCUCCAGCCCCUCUCCAGCAACACAGCAACCUGGCUCAUUUCUCUCUGGAACUCCUGUCAGCAGUGAGAAGCCUGGUCCUGUCACCAGCGUGGUCCAUGUCUUAGUUCUAGAACAAAAGGCAGGUCAAAGGGAAAGAGGCCUCUGAAUCAGAGGUCAAUGUGUGGAGAAGUAAAGAUCCUUCAGGGUCCGGAAGGUCAAGUCCAUCUCAUGAAGGCAUCUUUCUAUGCCUGUUCUCUGACUCCAAGAUGCUUUUGAAAGUUUUCCUGACAUUGAGCUGCCCAAAUCUGUUACCCUGCUCAAAAGAGAAGUGGCCUGGCCUCUCCCCUGUACCCACCUCUGGCUUCACAGGGCCAGUCAGAGGACAGCCACUUGUUGGGGCCAGGUGCUGAGGUGUCGCAGACAGGAGGAACUGAGACCUAUCUGCUGACCAGAGGCACUGACCUUGGGCAUAAACAGGAGUUUUAGUCUCUCACUAGGACCAGCCAUUGUUGACAGCCCCACAGCUGACAGCCCCACAGCUCCACAGCCUGCCCCUGCUGCUUCUGUCAGGUGAUGGAAAACCUGGGUGCUGCUGCUGCUCUGGGCAGCGCUCUCUGGGCUCUCCUUCUGACCAUGCUGGGCACUGCCACCAGCCAGCCACUGGGGGGAGAGUCUGUCUGUACAGCCAGGCCUCUGGCCAGAUACAGCAUCACCUUCACCGGCAAGUGGAGCCAGACUGCAUUCCCCAAGCAGUAUCCCCUGUUCCGGCCCCCAGCACAGUGGUCCUCCCUUCUGGGGGCGGCUCACAGCUCUGACUACAGCAUGUGGAGGAAGAAUGAGUAUGUCAGCAAUGGGCUGAGGGACUUCGCAGAGCGUGGUGAAGCUUGGGCUCUGAUGAAGGAGGUUGAGGCUGCAGGAGAGAAGCUCCAGAGUGUGCAUGCAGUGUUCUCAGCUCCUGCUGUCCCCAGUGGUACUGGGCAGACUUCUGCAGAGCUGGAGGUGCACCCCAGGCACUCACUGGUAAGUCAUGGCCAGCAGAAGGGGAGGGUGUGUCUUGAGGCUGCAGUGGCUGAUCCUCCUGGCCCCACCCAGGUGUCCUUUGUGGUGCGCAUUGUUCCCAGCCCUGACUGGUUUGUGGGCAUCGACAGUCUGAACCUGUGUGAGGGAGGCCGCUGGAAGGAGCAGGUAGCCCUGGACCUUUACCCGUAUGAUGCAGGGACAGACAGUGGCUUCACCUUCUCCUCCCCCAACUUCGCAACCAUCCCACAGGACACGGUAACUGAGAUAACAUCCUCAUCUCCCAGUCACCCAGCAAACUCAUUCUACUACCCACGGCUGAAGUCCCUGCCUCCCAUUGCCAAAGUGACCUUGGAGCGGCUGAGGCAGAGCCCCAGAGCCUUUGCCCCACCUUCUCUGGACCUGCUCAACAGGGGAAAUGAGAUCGUUGACAGCCUCUCAGCUCCAGAGACACCACUGGACUGCGAAGUUUCCCUGUGGUCAUCCUGGGGACUAUGUGGAGGGCCAUGUGGAAAGCUGGGAGCCAAGAGCAGAACUCGCUAUGUCCGUGUCCAGCCUGCCAACAAUGGGACCCCAUGCCCUGAGCUUGAAGAAGAGGCUGAGUGUUCCCCUGAUAACUGUGUCUAACCCUAGAACCCAGCAGCCAGCCCUUAGGAUCCCCUUGAGCCUUGGGUUCAGAUCUGGGUCACAGAGGGCUCCCAGAUGGCUCAUGGCAGGCAGGGCGGGAAGCUUGGCAUAUUGCACCACUCCCCACCAUGGCUGGGCUCGUGGUGCUCCUGGAUCAGAGAUCCUCACUAGCAGGCAAGGGAUGUCUGUGCACAGGCUGCUUCUGCUGGCAUGUAAUCCCUGAGGCUCACGUGUUUACUCUAAAUUAUGUCCUCUGUAAUUUAUUACUGUGGUCAGAGGCUGCCUUUGAUGGAGGAAACAGGCACACCAAGACCAGAUGAGAGGAUGCUCCAAGUCCGUGAGCGCUGCAUCCACACCGUUAUCAGAUACCUCAGACCUGCUGCCACCGUAUCUGCUCCCGGGGGCUGAGGCUGCAACCUUCAUACUGCUCUGGCCUCCAACAGAAGUGACUGAAGAGGGGCAGUUUGGGAAAUGUGGUGUUUUCAUGUCACUGAUCUCUGUGCUUGAAUAAAGGCUAUGUUCCUGAUAAAUACUA